UAUGCAUGAUAAGAAACUAAUGAAUUGUUCUUUUCUUAGCUGUGUUCUGGGAAAGAUGCAACGAGCUCCAAGACAUAGAGAAGAUCAUGGCUCAGAUUGAAAGAGGAGAAGCCAGAAUUCAGAGACGAAUCAGCAUAAAAAAGGCACUCGACACAAAGAUUGGGAGAUAUAAAGCCCCUUUCCACCAACUAAGAAUAUCAUAUGGUACUAAUAAAGGGAAGAAUUACACUGAAGAGGAAGAUCGCUUUCUGAUCUGUAUGCUUCACAAACUAGGAUUUGAUAAGGAAAAUGUCUAUGAUGAAUUAAGACAAUGUAUCCGAAACUCGCCGCAAUUCAGAUUUGACUGGUUUCUCAAGUCCAGAACUGCAAUGGAGUUGCAAAGGAGAUGCAAUACUUUAAUCACUCUCAUUGAAAGAGAAAACAUGGAACUGGAAGAAAAGGAAAAGGCAGAAAAGAAGAAACGUGGACCAAAACCAUCUUCGGCACAGAAGCGCAAAAUGGAUGGUACUCCUGACGGUCGUGGAAGAAAAAAGAAGCUAAAGCUGUGAAUGCAGAAUUUUUUUAAUCUCUAAAUUUAAGAAGUAGUUCUUUAAUUUACGGGUCUUCAUAAGAUGUACUGUAUAAUGCUUAACUAUUUUAAAGAACAUUGGGUUCAUCUGUUUAUUGAACUAGAACAUAGUACUUCUUAAUUGUAGUUUCACUUUUCUAAAUGCAACAGCUGUGCUGAAUUUUUUUUACCAUUAACACUUGAAGUAAUAAAUUGUCUUCAUUUAUUAA